UCAAACUCCUAAAAUUAUUAUAGAUGGGGUUUUUAAUAAAUCAGUAUCCAAACCAAUUAAUCUUCAUCCAGGAUAUGAUUUGGAAUAUGUCAAAAAAUAUUAUAUGGAAUGUGGUAGUUAUAACUAUAAUCGUAUUGAAAAUAUGUACAAACUAGAAAAAAGAUACGAUGAUUUAGCUAUUAUUAGACCUCGUUAA